AUGUUCAGACUGGCAUACAUCAGGAGAAAGGUAUCUCGACUCUCAAGCGGCACUCGACAUCUUACGAUGUCCAAAUAUAGCGGACAUGACCGAGUCUCACUUGAAUUCGCUUGCCUUUCUGAGAACCAACCGGUUGUUACGUUCGGUGGUUCUGGACGCUGCUUGCCGCUUCUCCCGGGCAAAGACUGUGAUGUUCGAGAAGGGUUCUUUUCCUCACAAUUGGGUAGCUCAAAACCCGUCAUUCGGGCUGUCCGCAGACUGGCCGCUCGCCAAGGACCGCUAUGCGGAGGGCUCUGUCGUCAUUAUCCUAGCUAG